AUGAAGCUAGAUUUUGUUCUACUUGUAGUGUGCGUGUUUGCACAUUGUGUUGUUAGCCAGAUUGAGCUGAAAGUUGGUUUAUACAACAGCAUUCCUGAUCUCAACGAUGACGGACUCAAAUCAUUGAAAGACAUGGUGGAGAGGGGAUUCUCAACUGACGACCAUUCAGUCAAUGCCAUUGUAAGCACAGACGAAUACGACCCAUAUUUAAACCUAUCACAGUACCUACAGGAAGACGGUUUUGAUCUGAUAGAAAUCGAUACUGUAAAUAUUGCCGGUCUAGUUAGCAAUAAACUUAUUACUCCAAUGCAUAUGGUGGUUGGCAUUGACACGCAAAGAUUUAUCAAAGCUACAGUUGAUGCAGUCUCAGUUAGCGGUGUUAUGUACGGAGUUCCAACGUAUGCUUGCGGUAAUUUCCUAAUUGCUUUGAGUCCUGGUUCUCAAUCGACUUGUGAUUUGUCUGGCGCUAUAGAAAACAAUGGUUACAGUGGUUUCGAACAAGAACUUGAGAUUUGUAAAGACAAUCUGGUGACUAACACUUAUGAGCGGCUCUAUGCUGGAAAAAUUUCGGAUAAAGAGGGAUGGUAUCUGCCAUUUUACUAUUUGGAUGCCUGGAUUGAUAGUCAUAAUCCAAAAUUGCUUAGACUUGCAUUGGCGGAAUUAGAAGUGGGAGUGAUUGAUCGACGUACAUGCAACAAAUUAUCUACUUUUGCCUAUUAUUGCACUGGAAAAUAAAAAAUAAAAAAUAAAUGCUCUCAAAAUUUUCCUGGAAGUUACAUUGCGAGUUCAGAAAACAUUAAGAAAGACAUUGCUGGUAAGAAGAGUGUGUUUCUUCUUGGUUUUUCUGAAAUUCUCGGUGAGUUGCUAACAUUCGAUGAUUCCUUGGAUCCUUACGAUGCUGUAAGCCCAAUAAUGGGCGAUGAUCAUCACACAAUUAUUUUCACAGAUGCUCUUGUUGUCAAUAAGGCUCGUUGGGAUAAUUCUGAUAAUCACAGAAAGAGAUCGAUUAUUCAAUUUAUUAGAUACUACACGGCGAUGGAUAUGCGCCUUAAAAUAUCCCUUGGAAAUGAUCUACGUAAUCCUCGAAAACGUUAUCUUUUGCAAUCGCUCAGAGAAUUCUAUGCAGACGAACAAAUUGCUGAAGAUGUGGUUUACAGUAAACUUCAUCCCCUAGUGGCAGAUGGAGUGGCUGCACCUGCUCUUGAUGAGCAUCAGCGCGAACACAUACAGGAACUACUCACAAGAAAGUGCUUGAAAUAUUUAUCCAGUCCGCCUAUGCAAAGAGAAGAACUGUAGAAAACUUUGUAAUCACUAUUGUGUUUGAGUUGUUAUAUGGGCCUUUAAUGUUGUAA